AUGGAUGAAAAUGAUAAUGUUAAACGUUUCCGUGUUACAAAAUCUUAUCGUGAAUUAUUGACAAAUUUACAUGGUCAUCGACAAGAAUAUUUAUUACCUACAGAUCAUCAUCUUAGUCAAAGUUUAGAUUCAUGUAAUCAAAUUUUUGUUAAUGUUAAGACUCCUCGUGAAGCUGUAUUAGAUGCUGUAACAUUAAAAACAAUCUCAAAUUUUGUCUAUCAUCAAACAUGUGCCAUUAAUAGAAUAUCAACAAGGGAUGAUGCCUUCAGAUUUGCACGAAAAUGCGCCAAUGUUCUCAAAUCAAUGUCAUCAAAUAGCAUAUGUGAAGAAUCAUAUGUUAAGUUUUAUCAAAUGUUUUCAUGUUAUCAUCAAAUAGCACCAACAACAAAUUUUAUGUUUGGUCGAAUUCCAACUGGUUUAUUUGAAAAGAAACAAAUAGAAAAAGCCAAAUUACAUGUGCCACGUGAGAAAAGAGAAGAUUUUGAAUCUCAACGAACAAAAAUUGAUGAAGUAAGUUCAAAGCUGAUCCGAGCGGGGAAGGUUUCAACAUUAUCUAGUCAUGGUGAACAAACAUCAAAAGAAGUUGUCAAAAUUAAUAAAUAUUUAUUACAAGCGUUCAAACGAAAUCACAAUGAACCAGUUGAAUUUUUUCCAUUUGUUUUACAUCCAACCAAUUUUGCUCGUACCGUUGAAAACAUGUUUCACAUCACAUUUCUAAUUAAAGAAGGACUGGCUCAAUUAUUUCACGAUAAUAACGAUCUGCCAUUAAUCUGUAAGUCUGGUAGAAAUGAUUUUUUUUACAACUUGCCUGUUGACAGACGAAAGAAGAAAGCAGACGAAACGAUUAACAUUGAACACAAUGAAACAACGACAACAACAUCUUUAUCGAAAAAAUGUCAACAGUUAGUUAUAUCAAUCGAUAUGGAAGAGUGGGAAGCGUUAGUUGAAGCCUUUGGUAUUGAAACGCCAGUAAUGCCAGAUAAAUAG